AUGCCUAUCAAAGAAGGCCAAAUGGACAGUGUGCCUAUUCCACAUGUACCACAGUUCCUAGUCUUCCGUACCAAUCUAAAGCAGUAUGUGAGGCUCAGUGAAUUAGCAGGAAGAGCUGAAGAACAGAUGAGUUGCCCGCUUCCUCUCCUAUUAUUAAUAUACGCUUUCUUUUUAACAGCUGAUGUUAAUUCUUCAAAGUCGGUUGGCAGUGAUGCACCUUAUGUUGUGAAAGUGGAACCCAGCCAGAAUGGACCUCUUUUUACUGAGUUAAAGUUCUACAUGCGAGCUGCUAAGCCAGAUGAAAUUCAGAAGUGGACUAAGUCCCAUAAACUGAAAUAUUUAGGUGUACCAAGAUAUUGGGGUUCUGGCUUGCAUGAAAAAAGUGGAAACAGCUAUCGGUUUAUGAUAAUGGAUCGUUUUGGAAGAGAUCUUCAGAAGGUGUAUGAAGAGAAUGCAAAGCGAUUUGCUCAUAAAGCUGUACUUCAAUUAGGCUUGAGAAUACUUGAUAUCCUGGAAUACAUCCACGAGCAUGAAUAUGUGCAUGGAGACAUCAAGGCCUCAAACCUUCUUCAGAGUUACAAGAACCCUAAUCAGGUGUAUUUGGUGGAUUAUGGGCUUGCCUACCGAUACUGUCCUGAAGGAGUUCACAAAGCAUACAAGGAAGAUCCUAAAAGGUGUCAUGAUGGUACUAUUGAGUAUACCAGUAUAGAUGCACACAAGGGUGUGGCACCAUCGAGACGUGGGGAUCUGGAGAUCCUAGGUUACUGUAUGGUUCAUUGGCUUAGCGGCCAUCUACCAUGGGAGGAUAAUUUGAAAGAUCCAAAUUUUGUCAGAGACUCGAAGAUCAGAUGUAGAGAUAAUAUUUCAGAGUUGAUGGACAAAUGUUUUCCUGGGAAAAAUAAACCAGAUGAAAUAAGGAAAUAUAUGGAAAAGGUGAAGCAACUGAGCUAUGAAGAGAAACCUGUGUAUGCACAUUUCCGAGAAAUACUUCUGCAAGGACUCAAGUCCAUUGGACAAAAAGAUGAUGGAGUACUUGACUUCGGCUUGUCAGAAAACGGAGACGUGCAAAUGAACCCUGUACAAAAGAAAAAAAGAAAGGCAGCAGCUGCAGCCAAUGAGAGCAGUGAAGCAGAAAUGGAAGAUGCAGGAAGUCCAGAAAAAAAGAAGCCUGCUUCUUCCAAAGCGGUAGCUACCAGAACACGAAAAACAACGUCACCAAAAACCAAGAAAAGCACAGCAACCAGGAAGAGAGUCCAGAAGUAAAUAAUGAACUUAAGUUGCUCUUCAGCUCAUCUCUGGGUUUUUUUUUUUUUGUUUUUUUUUUUCAGUUACUGUAGCACUGGAAUUUAUUUCAUUCCCUUUUUUACGUAAUAAUUCCUAUAAAAACAACAGCAACAACAAAAUCUUGGACUGCUGCUUGUACUUGUUUUUUCGAAUAAUAAAUGUUUUAGUAAAAUAUUCGUAUAAGUUAUGUCUGCUGUAGUACCAAUGAAAAAUUUUGCCAACUUUGAAGCGAGGGUGCAUUUUUAUUUUUUAAGAUGAAUUUGUGUAUAUAAAUGCAAACUAAAAGAGUGGGUUUUUUUUCUGCUUUAUAAUACAGUUUUGUUAUGGUUCUUUUUAAGGAGCAAUAGUGUGGCAUUUGAUUUCUUUUAAUUUUGAGUAAAUUUGAAAGUGUUCACUUAAAUGUACACUGAGAUGAUUAAGUCAGGAGUUUGAAAUAAUAGACGUUUUAAAUAUUUCUCAAGUAUUUUAAUUGAGAUAACAAAAUAGUAAAAUACACCUUUCUAUUCCAGUUUAUUAUAAAAUGUGUUUAAAUAAUUCUUUUUAGGAUAGGUAUUGAGUUUGAGUGUGAGCUCUUUUUCUUUUUUUAAAUAGUAUUUGUUUCUGUAUCAUUUUCUCACUAUUCAGAGUUCUUCUGGAAUAAAGAAACCAGAAUUUCAGAUAUAAGGUCCAGAGUUUAAAGGAAAAAAAAGA